AUGGAGGAUCGCAGGCAGAGUCUGACGCACAGUGACCACGGUGGUGAGGUAGCGCUCGAGGCUGACCAGGCCCAGGACCAUGGCGUGCUGGAUGCUGAGGGCCCGGGGUGGGAGCCCCAGUCCUUGGACCACUUCCAGCCGGAGCUGGAGGACCCCGAGGAAGAGCUUUCCCCGGAGGAAGUCAUCCGAGAGGAGAGCCCGGAGGCCCCGAGUUGGCAGGAGGACCUUUCUAUGCUGGAGGAGGUCCCAGAAAAGCUUGUGGAGGAGGACAUUCCUGAAGUGAGCCAGCUGUCCAUCAGCCAAGGGUGGCCGGAGUCCAGAGGGAGGAAGAAGCGGAGGAGGAUCUCCGAGCUGGCGAGGGCCAAGACCUGCUGGCAAGCCAUGAAAGACAGGGUGGGCUGCUGCCAGGGCUUUACCUGGAUCUCCCCCCGCAAAGCCAUCUUACACUUCUCCCUCUACUGGCCGUCCGUCUACUGGACAGAGCGCUUCCUGGAGGACACCACCCUGUCCAUCACCGUGCCCACGGUGUCCCCCCGAGUGGAGGAGCUGGCUCGACCAAGAAGGUUCUACUUAGAGUAUUAUAACAACAACAGGACCACUCCCAUCUGGCCCAUCUCUCGGUCCUCCCUGGACUACCAAGCAACUAGUCGACUGAAGGAACUGGCCACUCCUAAGAUCCGGAAUAACAUUUGGAGCGUAAAUAUGUCUGAGGUGUCCCAGGUGUCUAAAGCAGCCCAGAUGGCCAUCCCGAGCCCACGGAUCCUCCAGCUAGCUGAGCCCAGGUCCCCAGCCACCCUGUUGGAAGAAUGGGACCCCAUGCCGAAAAGCAAGCCGCACACAUCCGACUACAACCGGCUCCUUCACUUGGCCAUGCCCAAGGUGGUUUCGGAAAAGUGCAUCCCGGACCGAGACCCUCGCUGGGAGGUGCAGGACAUCACCAAGAAGGCGGUGGCCAGUCCGCGGACCCUCACCUUGGCCCAACCCAAGGUGCGCAAGGACUUCAACGAGGGCUACGACCGGCGUCUCCUCGGAUCUCCGAGCUGGCCACCCCCAAGAGCAUCACUAGAAAAUUGUGAUCUUGGCUCUAUUUCCCUACCGGCCCCAAGGCGGGCCAGGGGCGGCUACUACUCCAUGGCCUUUACCAAGGACACCUGGCCCUUCCUGGGUACCGGCCUGGAGGGGGAAGCGGGAGUGCCGGGGUCGCGCUGCGGGAGGACCCUGCGCCCCCGGAGUCCCAGGGGACCGCAGCGCUCGGCCUGCUCGGUGCGGAGCUUCGCGGAGCCGCCCUCCCGACGAGGCCCCGGGCGGGACCCGAACCUCGCGCCGCGCGCCGCCAAGCGCAAGCCCAGCGCCUGCCCCCGGGAAGUUACUUCUGAGCCUCUGGUCCCGCGCCCUGGGCGGAGGCCCCGGGCCCGUGCCCCACCGGGGCUUGGGCUGUGCCGCCUGCCUGGCACCCUCCCGAGGACCGAAGGCGUGCAGGGCAGACUGCCCGGGAUAACGAAAGACCACAGCGAGAAAGUUUGGGUUCCAGAGCUUUUCGGGUUUUGA